AUGUCUGUUUCACCCAAAGGCAUGAACCAGUCACGGAACAAAUACAUGCGGCUGGAAGCUCAGAUGGCUGGAGUUGAUGACGAGGCCGUUGAACGACGGUGUCGAUACUCAUCUUCCUUUCCGUGGAUGAUCUCUACCGCUCUACUUUUCGUCGUCUGCACGAGUCUCGUGAUUGAAAAGUAUAGUACUUCAUUUUGUGCUAGCAACAGUAACUACCUUGACGCACCCAAUGAUCUCGAGUCCGCAAAGGCUUCGGUACAGCAAAUCUCUCGAGCUUUUACUGGUAACCUAAUAUUGAACGAUGAGACUGGUGCUUGGUCCAUUGACAAAUCUGGAAAUCCCCCGCCCUAUUUUGAAGAGCCGUCAAGUGCUGUCGAGGAUGCAUGGACGGAGUUGCUAAGAGGUGUGGACAUAGAUUUGGCCGGAGCUGAUGCUCGUGGAGUUGCGAACAAAACUUAUGUUUGGCCAGGCACGCAAUGGUAUCGAACAGGGCUGAGCGUUUACCAUUCGCUACAUUGCGUGAACCUAGUACGCAGGGCUCUACGGCCAGAAGAGUACCCUUACCCAGAACCAACUGCAUUUCGCAAUCUACACGUCAACCACUGCUUAGACUACAUUCGACAAGCACUUGAGUGUGCAGGGGAUAUUACGCCAUUGCGAUAUCGGUGGUCUGACUCCUUGCCUGGACUAGUCGUCGAAGAUAGUGUUCAUACCUGUAGGAACUUUUCGAAGCUGCGCGAAUGGGCUAUAAGCAAGGGCACUUUUGAAGGAAACCAGAGUGUCACGACACAUCAUGGGGGCCACGGGUAG